AUGAAUUAUGAAACGCAGACGUGGCAGAUGGAGCAACGCUCGCCCGGGAGCCCAUUUGCGGGGCGGCUGCUGGGGCGCUGGGAGAGCGGCGCUCUGCUCCACUUUGAGAUUCAGGACGCGCGGCGCGGCGCAGCCACCUGCGCGCCAGAGCUGCCCUCGGCUCGCCCACCCCCGCCAGCAGCGUGCGGAAGUAAUUAUCAAGCACGGCACGACAGACAGCGCUGGGGAAUGGCGUAUAAAGAGAGCUUUGCGAGGUCUCCGGCGCUGGGAGAGCGCUUUCUGGUGCGAGACGAGGCGUGGCGAGGCGAGGCGGGGCGGGGCGGGCUGGUGCGAAAGACGCGGCGUGACAGGUCAGCGGGUGGCGGCCGGGGCAGCGGGGGCGGAGGGGGCGGCGGGGGCGGCGGGGGCGGCGGGGGCGGCGGGGGCCUGCUGGCAGCGCCAUGCACAGGUCCAAAGGCCGGAUGCUACAUUGCUACAUUUUCUUUCAGCGAGCCCAUAAAAUUAUUUUGUUAA